UCGCAUUCCUCUUGUGUUUUCCCUACUUUUUAAUCAUCUUACACCUAUUUUCUACGUUAUAUCUUCUCAUCCUCGAUCUACUUGAAUAGGAUCUAUAUACCCACAUCCCUUCCGGGCACCACAACUUUAAAGCACCCUUUCUUUAUUCUUUUCUUGAAUAUAACACCCAUCAACCGCGCUACUCUUUUCCCAAUGGCAGCCCCUCGCUCUACUUCUUUGCGCGCCCUUCGCGUGCUCUCCCAGCAACAUACUGCCACACCCUGCCUCCGUCGGGGCCUGCACAUCACCGGUGUCAACUCUGCACAGCCUGUCAACGUUCAAGACCGUACGUCUUUGUACGCUACUCGCAGCUUGGCAGACCUCCAGAGGGAGUGCCACAAGAGGAAACUGGGAGCCAGCGGCAGCCAGAGUGAGCUCGUCGAGCGCCUUGCCAACCAUGACUUCCUUCAAUCCCGUGCUUUCAGCAUUGCCAUGAGAAGAAUCAAUGGCAGUUCUGCAGCGGAAUCUGUUUCAACCCGCCAAUUCAACACUUCUCGUGCCAUGAAGGCCGUUAAUGACUCAUCCACUGUGGAUUUUGCAUACCUGCCAUCCAUGGACGAGAUUGAUGCCCCUGUUCGCCCCGCCGAUACUCGGAUUCCGAUCCUUUCCGAUGUCUUCACCAACUACAACUCGAGCCAGCCCUCGAACCCACCCAUGAAGCCCCAGGUACACACUAUCUCCGGGGGCGGGGCCGAUGUCGCAGUCAGCCCCAUGGCCGAAGUUGUUGACAACACCUCGGUGGAUAUCGAUCCGUUCUCGCUAACCGAGGCGGUUGGCAAAUCCCGUAUCGGCGAGGAGCUCUGGAAGUCCCAGAACGGCUCCAAGGAACCCGGUGUUGUAAAAGAGCUGUGGAAUGGAUUUUUGGAAGACGUUUUAGGUCCCAAGCAGCAGAGUCACCAGAAGCAGCACUGAUUUGACUAGCGUUAUUUGUUUUGUUCUACUUUAGCGAUGAUUGAUUUCCACUGACGUGGUCUUUCUACUUUCUUAUACUUAUUAUUUCAUCAUGAUGCUCAGUGAUGCUAUCUAUGCACAAUUUGAUGACAUUUAUUGAAU